AGCCGCAGAAGCGCAUUUGGUGAAGCGCGCCAAGUACGCGCUCGCUAUUCAGUAUUCUGAAGACCCUGGGACAAGAACACUGACAUUUCAUUUGCUCAUUUGGACCUAUUUUUUCCCAAUCCAACCUUAAAACAACAAAGCAAACAUAUUUUGCUUCUUAGCUGAAAUGGUUUUUCUCUGAUGAUUUAUGGAUAAUGGAUCCUCUAUACAACACUUUGCAAAACUCGAGCGGCAACGGGACCAACGGUUCAUUGGUCAAUGACACGGACGUGUUCUCGAACCAGUUCGUUCAGCCGGUGUGGCAGAUAGUUCUGUGGGCCAUCGCGUACUGCUGUAUAGUUCUGGUGUCAGUUGUUGGAAAUAUCACUGUCAUCUGGAUCAUUUUAGCGCAUAAGCGCAUGAGGACUGUGACCAACUACUUUCUAGUCAAUCUUGCGUUCGCAGAGGCUUCUAUGUCGGCUUUCAAUACCGUUAUUAACUUUGUGUAUGCAGUGCACAACGAGUGGUACUUCGGACUUGUUUACUGCAGAUUUCACAACUUCUUUCCAAUAGCAGCUGUCUUCGCUAGUAUUUACUCCAUGACAGCAAUAGCCCUGGACAGGUACAUGGCUAUCAUCCACCCACUCCAGCAGCGCCUGUCGUCCGCUGAGACCAAGCUGGUGGUGGGGGUGAUCUGGGCUCUGGCGCUGCUCCUGGCUUUCCCCCAGUACUAUUUUUCCAGCACCGCUCAGCUACCAGGACGAGCCGUGUGCUACAUCAACUGGCCAGAGUACAGUGUGUGGGAUUUUCAAAAGACGUAUUACGUCUGUGUGGUUGUGCUUAUCUACUUUCUGCCUUUGCUCGUCAUGGGUUGUGCUUACCUGGUGGUGGGAUGUACUCUCUGGGCGAGUGAGAUUCCUGGAGACUCUUCAGACCGCUACCGAGAGCAGCUAACCGCCAAACGGAAGGUGGUGAAGAUGAUGAUUGUCGUUGUGUGCACCUUCGCCAUCUGCUGGCUGCCCUACCAUGUCUACUUCCUGUUGCACCAGUUCCUUCCCCACUUGUUUGAGGAACGGUACAUCCAGCAGGUGUACUUAGGAAUUAUGUGGCUUGCCAUGAGCUCCACCAUGUACAAUCCCAUCAUCUAUUGUCUUCUCAAUGACAGGUUUCGAGCUGGAUUCCAGCAGGCAUUCUUCUGGUGCCCUUGUGUCCCUCAAGGCUCAUAUGAAGGUCUGGAGCUCAAGUCCACUCGCUAUCUUCAGACGCAGGCCAGCAUUUACCGUGCCAGCCGAAUGGAGACCACAGUAUCCACAGUGAUGCCGGUUGUUGAGGGGGACCUUCAGGAGAAUACAAAUCGAUGUUCAAUAGAUCUCACGUCUAAUGGUUCUUCACAAAGCACUUCAAAGACUGUAUCAGAGUCAUCCAGCUUCUAUUCUAGCAACAAUUUAGCUUAGGAAGGAAUGUAGGAAAUACUUUCAGUGUUAAAGUACCGAUCUUGUGAGAAGAAGGGCAAAUGAUACACGUUCCAGGGAAUGUCGUAAUGUGAUAUACAAACCAGAACAGGUUUUUAGGCUAAUGUGUGAAAACAUGAUAUGCAUAGUAUAUCGGUCAACAUAGUAUAUUGGAGCAUUAAUACUGUCUUUUUUUUACUACUCGAGGCAGCUGGCUAGAAAUCAUCCCUGAGUUGAGUUCACCCAACAACUUACCCAAUGGCAUUUGCUCCAGGACCCAGUGGGUUUGUUUGGGAAAACCUGACCAGCUGAUCCCCUUGGCAACGAUCUGUCUGUCGUUACUGCUGGUUGUCGAUGAUACGAUAGCCAGCGUGAUGACGUGGAAGGGUUUGCACCUGUUGUUGCAUAUUACUGGACUACGAAGGCGACAAUGUAAAGGAAUUGUCUGGAAGGCAGAGAGGGUCAUGAUAAAUAUAGCACAGCAAGAGAGAGAAAAAUGGACUUUGUACUAACAUAGCUACAUCCAUUUAUAUCGCCAUAAUUCUCUGUUAAAUCCAGAGUUUAUUAUUACCAUGUUGAGUAUCAGUUGCAGAUAUACUGCCUUUACAAUAAAAGACCAUGUUAAAUACAUUU